UAUUCUUCAUGAACAGUUGUCCCUUUUGCUCUCCUCAAUAUUCUCUUGCCGGCCUUCUUCACAAGUCUCUAAUUUCUCCUAAUGAUCCUUUACAGUUGCUAUUUGUUCUAAAUUUUUCCAGCUUAAAGCAAAGAUUAACAACAAAGUUGAAACAAAGUGACGAAGAAAAUGGAGGGUGAGUUUGGAAGCUUCAUUAAGGUAUGGACUUCAUUAUUUGUAUGUAUAUUCUACUGCUAUUCAAUUGGUAAAAUAGUCCCAAAAGGUACAACCAGACUUGUCUGUGCUCUCCCAGUUGUGUGCCUCUUCUUCUACCUUCCUCUCAACUUCUCCUCCAUCCAUCUUGGAGGAGGAACAAGCUUUUUCAUUUCAUGGCUUGGAAGCUUCAAGCUUCUACUUUUUGCCUUUGGCAAAGGCCCUUUAGCUUCCGACCCAUCAAUCUCCACUGGACGUUUCUUGGCCAUUGCUUGCCUUCCAAUUGAGAUCCAAGAAAACCCAUCUCCUUCAACAUCCCAUCUAAAUGGCCAAAACCCAAAAAACCCACCUCAAAAUCCCCAAAUUGAAACCAACCCAUCUCCCAAAAACACCAUACAUAUUGUAAUUAAGGGCUUUCUUUUGGCCAUUCUAAUUGGUGUCCUUAAUUACAGUCAGCAAAUCCACCCAAAGCUCAUCUUAGUCCUUCACUGCUUGUACAUAUACCUUCUUCUAGAAACCCAACUCAUCAUUGUAGCAGCCCUCGCUUGGGGCCUUCUGGGUUUAGAUCUCAAACCCCAUUUCAACGAGCCUUACCUCUCCACCUCUCUGCAAAACUUCUGGGGCAGAAGAUGGAACCUCGUGGUCACCAGUAUCCUACGCCAGUCCGUAUACGAACCCACCCUCAAUUUCUCCACGUGCGUCAUUGGCCGCAGGUGGGCCUCACUACCCGCUGUCUUUGCAAGCUUCCUUGUCUCCGGGCUUAUGCACGAGCUCAUAUACUACUACAUGGGGCGUGUGAGGCCCACCUGGGAGGUCACGUGGUUCUUCGUUUUGCACGGGUUUUGUUUGAUGGUGGAGAUCGUUUUGAAGAAGGCAUUGAAGGGCGGGUGUCGGUUGCCGAGGGUGAUCUCUGUGGUUUUGACCGUUGGAUUUGUGGUAGCUACUUGCUUCUGGCUAUUUUUUCCCCAGUUUCUUCGAUGUAAGGCUGAUGUCAGAAUGCUUCAAGAGUACCGGGCUUUUGUAGUGUUCUUGAAGAAUGCUGUCGGUUUAUUUUUAUAUUAAAAAAAGGAGGAAUCGAAC